UUCUUUAAUGGCGAUCAAAAUUACGGGAUUGACGACUCACCGGCCACACUAUUGUUACCCUCCCGUGCCGUCUCCAGCCCGCUAGAGUUAAAUUUCUGUUUUCCCUUUCGUUGUGCUGUGGGUCACCUCGCGAACGCACUUUUCCGUAGGAAAAAGGAGCAUGGUUUCAACUCCGAAAUAGUAAAGAAGAAACAUGGCUGUCUCUCUCAAUCCCAACUACUCCUCAUUUCACCUUUACAAAUCUUAUCAAUUUUAUUCUCUCUCACAAAAUACUCCAAGUUCUUUCGUUACAAACAAAUGGGUCUUUUUGGAUUGUCCAACUCAAUCAACUGGGAGUCAGAGUCUUACCCAGAACUCAACGAUUUCUUGCUCCUUCCUUUCUUUGCUCUUUUCUUCCCUGCUGUCAGGUUUUUCCUAAACAAACUUGUCUUUGAGAAUCUGGCUAGGAGACUGGUCCUUGGCAAAGCCCACACCUUGCAGGAGGUUCAUACGCAUGAUAGUAGGAAGAAACUCAACAAAUUCAAAGAGUCAGCAUGGAAGUGUGUCUACUUUCUUUCAUCAGAAUGUUUGACCAUUUAUGUAUCCUACGGUGAGCCUUGGUUUACCAAUACCAAGUAUUUUUGGGAAGGACCUGGAGAACAGGCUUGGCCUGAUCUAAAAAUUAAAUUGAAGUUGAAAGGAUUAUACAUGUAUGUUGGUGGAUUCUAUACAUAUUCCCUAUUUGCAUUGUUUUUUUGGGAGACAAGGCGUUCAGACUUUGUGGUGUCCAUGGUUCAUCAUGUAGCAAGUAUCAUUCUCAUCGUGCUAUCUUACAUAUGCAGGUUUGCUCGUGUAGGUUCAGUUGCUUUUGCCCUUCAUGAUGGGAGUGAUGUGUUCCUAGAAAUUGCAAAGAUGUCAAAAUAUAGUGGCUUUGAAUGGCCUGCUAGUGUCUCAUUUAUUCUUUUUGCCCUCUCUUGGACCAUUCUUCGCAUGAUUCUUUUCCCGUUCUGGGUAAUCUGGAGUACAAGCUAUGAAGUUCUUUUGACAUUGGACAAGGAGAAGCACAUGGUGGAUGGAUCUAUAUACUAUUAUUUGUUUAACACUCUUUUGUUCUCCUUGCUUGUUCUUCAUCUUUAUUGGUGGGUCUUGAUGAUAAGAGUGAUUAUCAGACAAAUCCAUUCCGGAGGACAGGUUGAUGAUGUUCGAUCAGAUUCUGAAGAUGACGAACAUGAUGACUGAAUAAAUAAAUAUUCCAGAACACCAUAUAUACUUGUAUGCCAAGAUGGACCUUGACAAAAGGCAUGCUCAUCUUUGUCUUCACUCUUUCAUUUCUACAUGUAAGUUGGUAUAGCCUCAAAUUCUGAUUGGCAGAGUUUGCAUUCUAUAUUGUGUGAUAGACAAGUACUUCAAAAAGCAAGGAUCAAAAUAAAAACACUUACAGAUCAUGAUAGGUCGAGGGAAAUCUGAAGGCUUAAGGUGUAAUAUUUGUCACGUUAACUCAGUACUUGGCCUCUUACUUUUACAAAUUUUUAAGGAUGAAUAGUCUUUUGUCCAAUAUCUCUUUUCACCUUAGAUGUUUAAGGUAGUCUCAAGAUUUUUGGCAUGGGGGUCAACUUAGCUUCUUACUGGCACUCUCCCCUUCCUUCAGGGUUACAAUACUAAUUUUAUGCAAAGAUUAAAAAGUUCCUUUUAUUUAUAAUAUACUCUGUAGGUGACUGUAUUUCCUAGUUAAUACUUGCAUCAAGGACACUGCUAGGAUGAUCAGGACUCUUGAAAUCACAUUGCUUUCCUUAGUCUGGUUUAUAAUUUAGUAUAAGUUGAAUGUGUUCUUAUGCAUCUUGCAGACACACACACACUGAUAAAUAUUUAAUUUUAGUGUGUAGUUAGUUAACAAAUUAAUUGGUCUAGGGUUUAGGGUUAUACAGCUAAUGGUAAGAGAAUUGAAAACUAUAAAAUUAGGUGGUGCCAUGCUUAAACCAUAAGGUUUGCCUGGUAGGUUGUCGA